UCUACAGGAGAAAAAUGCCAAAAUCAAUUAGCUGGGAACAGAAAAGAAAAACUUUUUAGCAUCUGCAACAAGAUUUAGGUGAGUGUUUGUCUACAUGCCUCGGGAGGAGGAGAGAGAGAGAGGAGGGAAUCUGAAGUGUAUAUUGAUCUAGGGUUUCUCAUAGACAAAGACCAAAUCUCCAUGCUUUGAACCAAGUACAAUUCAUCUUGUAUUUUAUCUCUUUCAUCUCAAACCAAAGUAUUGAUCUAUCCACUUCUUCCAAAACCUAUAUCCAAAGUCUAAAGGCUCCAUAUCUCCGCCCCUUUACAAAGAAAAUGAUCCCAAGUAUGGAUGGAAGCGGGAAGACUACUGACAGGGAGGAAGAGGAGGAGGAGGAGGAGGAGGAAGAAGAAGAAGAAGACGGUGAAGGAGAAGAGAGUAAGGUUUCAAGCAAUACUACAGUAGAAGCUGAGGUUGGUAAGAAGACGAAGGUGAGGCCUUAUGUGAGAUCUAAAGUCCCUCGACUCCGGUGGACUCCUGAUCUUCAUCUCCGCUUUGUCCGUGCCGUGGAAAGACUUGGAGGUCAAGAAAGAGCAACUCCAAAAUUGGUCCGACAGAUGAUGAACAUCAAAGGGCUCAGUAUUGCUCAUGUCAAGAGCCAUCUACAGAUGUACCGGAGCAAGAAGAUGGAUGAUCAAGGUCAAGCCAUAGCUGAUAACAGACAUUUCAUCGAGAGUUCCACAGAUCGGAAUAUUUAUAAAUUAAGUCAGCUACCGAUGUUCCGAGGCUAUAACACUAAUCAUAGCCACGAUUCUCCAUUCAGAUACGGAAGUAGAUUUUCAAAUGCUUCAUUGUGGAACUCUAGCUCCCAUGAGACAAACCGGAGUUUGAUAGAUAGGACCGGUUUAAUUCGCGGCUCGUCGGUUAGCAAUAACAUCCAUGUUAGUGAAUAUUGGACUAACAACAGGUCUUUCCAAAACACCUACUCUUCUUCAGUUUCUAAUCACUUACCAAAGGUAAGACACAACCAUCAAGAACGGAACAACUUAGCCACAUUCAACAGCAUUCAAGGACAUUCAAGAACGUUUGAGAAGUUCGAGACCGGUAUUGAAGAGAGGGCCAAUCAUAUUUAUUGCACCAAGACAACGGGCAAAAGAAACGCAAGUACCAGCCUCGAUCUUGAUCUCUCUCUUAAGCUAAGAGUACCCGAGGAGACAACUUUGGAAGAGACAGAAACAGCAACAACGGAUCAAACGUUGUCGUUGUCGUUAUGUUCAUGGAAAAAGAGCCGAGUGAUCAAGACGGAUGAAGAGGAUCGGACGGUUAAGAUUGGACAGGCAAGUACUCUGGAUCUGACUCUAUGAAUUAUAGGUAAGAAUGAGACAAAUUCUAAGUGAGAUCCUGAGGUACUUAUCCAA